AUGAGUAAGAAAUUUGAAUGUGUACGAGUUGUAAUAAGAUGUCGUCCUUUAAACGAAACUGAAAAGAAGGAUGGACAUGUUUGUAUAGUAAACAUGGACACUAAGAAUGGGUAAGUGACUGUGAGAAAUCCAAAAGUAGUGGAUGAAGUACCAAAAUAGUUUACAUUUGAUUAAAUCUUUGACACUUAAUCUUAAUAGGAAAAUGUGUAUAAUUCUACUGCUUCUCCCAUAGUUGAGAGUGUAUUGGAAGGAUAUAAUGGAACCAUAUUUGCUUAUGGUCAAACAGGAACAGGUAAGACACAUACAAUGGAAGGUAAGGAUGAUCCUCCUACUUCGAGGGGAAUAAUCCCUAGAACAUUUGAUCAUAUAUUUUAGAGGAUUGAGAACAUGGCUAAGAAUAAAUAGUUUUUAGUGAAGGUUUCUUUUUUGGAAUUAUAUAAUGAAGAGAUUCGUGAUUUACUUUCCAAAAAUAUAAAAAAUAAAUUAGAUAUUCGUGAGAAUCCAGAAACAGGAAUAUAUAUAAAAGAUCUAAGUAAAUUCAUGAUAGAGAAUCCUUAAGAGAUGAGAGAGAAAUUAUUACAUGGUAGAGAGAACAGAGCAGUUGGUGCUACAGCAAUGAAUCAGGAUUCAUCUCGUUCACAUUCAUUGUUUUAGAUAACAGUUGAAACAAAUGAAAUUGUGUAAGGAUAAAGUCAUGUGACUGUAGGCAAAUUGAAUUUAGUAGAUCUUGCAGGUAGUGAGAGAUAGAGUAAGACUCAUGCAACAGGAGAUAGAUUGAAGGAAGCCAUCAAUAUUAAUUAGUCUUUAACAACUUUGGGUAAUGUGAUUAGUGCAUUGGUUGAUAAUAAAUCAUAGCAUAUACCUUAUAGAGAUUCAAAAUUAACAAGACUAUUGUAAGAUUCUUUGGGAGGAAAUACAAAGACAGUGAUGAUUGCAAAUAUUGGUCCUGCUGAUUACAAUUUUGAUGAAACCAUAUCAACUUUAAGAUAUGCUCAUAGAGCCAAAUAAAUUAAGAAUGAACCAAAAAUUAAUGAGGAUCCAAAGGAUGCUUAGAUUAGAUAAUUUUAAGAGGAAAUUAUGAAGUAUAGAAAUUAAUCAUAUAUUUAAGAUUGAAAUAGUAAUUGGAAUUAUCAAUUGAAGGUGGAGGAGGUGUAAUGAAUCCUNUUCUAAGUAAGACUUAGCUUAUAUAUCCCUUGUUUAAGUAAUAUAAUUGUAUUGA